CGCCUCCUUCCUCUUCUCUCGCGCAGAAUCUCUCCAUCGCUCUUCGUCUUCCCUUCUCGUCCCCGCCGAUCUCUCUCUCUCUCUCUCUCUCUUUCGAUUUUCAGGUACGUUCGGCCGUCUCGUCGCUCGUGCUUGUUCGCCGCUUGUUUCGGCUCCGAUUGUGGUUCUCGGUUUCCCGGGAAUCGUCCGGCGCGUGUGGUUGAAUAAAAUCAGGCGAUCUCCGUUCCGAUGGCGUCCAAGAGGAUCCUGAAGGAGCUCAAGGAUUUGCAGAAGGAUCCCCCCACAUCUUGCAGCGCCGGUCCUGUUGCCGAAGACAUGUUUCACUGGCAAGCUACAAUUAUGGGUCCCCCUGAUAGCCCUUAUGCUGGGGGUGUUUUUCUUGUAACCAUACAUUUUCCUCCAGAUUAUCCAUUCAAGCCUCCAAAGGUGGCAUUCAGAACCAAGGUUUUCCAUCCAAAUAUUAACAGCAACGGGAGCAUUUGUCUUGAUAUUUUGAAGGAACAGUGGAGUCCUGCCUUGACCAUUUCCAAGGUGUUGCUUUCAAUCUGUUCUCUUUUGACGGAUCCGAACCCUGAUGAUCCUUUGGUACCGGAGAUAGCUCACAUGUACAAGACGGACAGGAACAAGUAUGAGACAACUGCAAGAAGCUGGACCCAGAAGUAUGCCAUGGGCUAAAUAAAAGCAAUCAUCAUUCGUAUGGGCGAAGGCCCCUCUUUCUCUUCAUUCUUGUCUAUGGAUGUAACAUUCGGAUGAUAUGCUUAAAUUGGAACUUAAGAACGAAGUGAUAGCAUUUUCUCAGUUAAAAGAAGAAACUCUUAUCUCAAUGUUAUAUUGUUUGUGCGAAGGGUGGUCCGUCGACCAUCGAAUAUGUCGAAAGCUUUGAA